AUGACUGAAGCAUCAAAUUCUGUUCUAGUUUUGAAAGGCUGGCAAUACAAACAGGCAGACACCACUGAGUGGAAGCCUGCAAGAAAGGAUGUUAGUGCCACUCAAGUUCAGGCCGAUUUAUUGGCAAACGGUGAAAUUCCGGACCCUUUCAUUAACCGUAACGCUUGUGACAUUCAAUGGGUUGGAGACAAAGAUUGGGAGUACAAGCUUCAGUUUACUGUUCCUGUUGAAGGAAUCAAGAAGUCCAAUCAAGUGCUUGUCUUUGAAGGUUUGGAUACCUUUGCCACUGUUAAACUCAAUGGAGCCGAAAUUCUUACUGCAGACAACAUGUUUGUCAAAUAUACCGUUGAUGUCACGGACAAGGUUAAAUUGAACAAAUCCAAUGAACUCUCUAUCUACUUCAAGAGCGCCUCGUUGGAGGCUCGUCGUCUCGAGAAGAUUCACGGUUCGGGUUAUUGUUUCAAUGGUGAAACUGCUCGUCUACAAGCCAGAAAGGCUCAGUACGGCUGGGGUUGGGAUUGGGGAGAUUCUGUUAUGACUUGUGGUCCAUGGAGGCCCGUUAAACUUGUGUCCUACGAUGCAGGAUUGUCAGACGUUUACGUUAAGGUGGAUGUUGCUGAUACCAAGAAAGCCAAGAUUGAUAUUCAGAGUACCGUUGAAGCUGCUUCUGUCGUCAAAGGACUCUCUGUUGAGACAAAGGUUCUGGAUCCAAACGGCGCUGUGGUUGAUAUUCCAGCUUCUGCCAAGAAGGUGGCUGUUACUGGUUCUUUGGUUUCUUCUAAGUUUGACAUUUCUUCACCUGCAUUGUGGUAUCCAAGAGGUACUGGAGAACAGUCUCUUUAUACUUUUGAGACAUCCUUGUACGAUGCACAUCAUAAACUACUCCAGGUUAAUACCAAAAAGGUUGGUCUCAGACAUGUUGAGUUGGUUCAAGAGCCAUUUGAGGAUGAGGAAGGUACCAGUUUCUUCUUCAAGGUCAAUGGAAUUCCUGUGUACUGUUCCGGUUCUAAUUGGAUUCCUGGCCAUUCGAUUCCUUGCCUCUUCACGGAACCUGACUAUAAGAAAUGGCUACAAUUGGCCAUUGAUGGCAAUCAGAAUAUGAUCCGUGUCUGGGGUGGAGGCUACUACGAGGAGGAUAUAUUCUAUUCUGAGUGUGAUAGACUAGGUAUCAUGGUCUGGCAAGACUUUAUGUUUGCAUGUGGUAUCUACCCAACUUACCCUGAGUUCAUUGCUAACGUGUGUACAGAAGUUGAGGUUGCUUUGCACCGUCUUAGAAAUCACUGCUGUUUGGCUCUUUUGGCUGGUAAUAAUGAAGAUUAUUGUGUGGCUGAAAGUUUCAACCUCGAGUGGAACCGUGAAGAUAAGUCAGGUGAUUAUUCCAAGACUAAUUUCUCUGCUCGCACUACUUACGAGGUCACUCUUCCAAAGAUUUGCGAGAAGUUGCAACCCGAUGUUCCAUAUCACCCAGGUUCGCCAUGGGGUGGAAAUGGUACCUCAGAUAAGACAGUUGGUGAUAUCCAUCAGUGGAAUGUUUGGCAUGGAUCUCAAGAGAAGUAUCAGAAUUGGUAUAAGCUAGGUGGAAGAUUUGUCUCUGAAUUCGGUAUGGAGGCACUUCCAUCUUUAAAAUCUUAUCGCGAUUGCAUCACUGACUCUUCUGAGCUCUACCCACAGAGUGAAUAUGUUGACUUCCACAAUAAGGCUGAAGGCUUCGAGAGACGUUUGGCUUUAUAUGUCAUUGAGAACAUCAAGGUUCAAGGUAUGGACCUCGAGAACUGGAUUUAUGCUACCCAGCUCAUGCAGGCAGAAUGUUUAAGUUAUGCUUAUAAGUGCUGGCGUAGACGUUGGUAUGGUGAUCAUAAGCGUUACACUGGUGGUGCCAUUGUCUGGCAGCUUAACGAUUGUAUGCCUGUGGCUUCUUGGGCCAUUGUCGAUUAUUACGGUCGUCCAAAGCUCUCUUUCUAUGCUGUUAAGCGUGAGAGUACCGCUAUCGGUCUAGGUAUGUACAGAAACGAAAUUGUGCCAAAGAUCGAGGGUGUUAACGUUGUUGCUGAAAAUGAUGGUCCUCAUGAUUACUCUAAUCAUGACUACACUGUGGACAUUUGGGGAGUGAAUGCUUCUUUGAAGGAUACUCCUGCAACCCUUUUAGUCGACGUUUAUGAGGUUGAAAGUGGUAAAAAGAUUAACAGUUUGAAGCCCCAGGAAGUUGUCUUGAAGGCUAACCAAACUAGUGAGUUUGUCAAAGCUUUGGAGAUUCCUAACGAUAAGAAAAUUGUUGUUUAUUCUAGAGUCGUCGUUGAUAAAAAGCCUAUUGCUACCGCUGCAGACUGGCCUCAGCCUCUCAAGUACUUGAAAUUCUCUGACAGAAAGGUGAAGUUUGAGUUGUUUGAUGGUUACAUCAAGCUAACGGCAAACAAACCUGUCAAGGGUGUUGAGAUCACUAUAAAAAAUAGGGAUGUCUUUUUACAGGAUAACGGUUUCGAUAUUUUCCCAACCGAUGAGAUAAUCGUCAAGGGUGAUAUCAAAAAGACUGAUGACGUUUCGAUCCGUUACUACCAAAUGUAG